AUGAGGCCAUCAGUUGCUGUAUUGUCGUUGACUUUGAUGAUGCUAUUUGUAUCGGGUUCUCCCGGUGUUCUUUCUGUUCCGGUUAGAACUUGUAUUAUGAUUAUCGUCUAUGCUUUCAUGACAUUUAAUCUAGAUUUUUCAUAUUCUAUCAAUCGAGGGAUACGAGAAAGAGAGAAAUUUGAUCCGAGAGACUGUGCCUUAGUUUUAGAAAGGGUACAUCUAUCCAGAGGAAGAUAUCAUAAUGACAUUCGAGAAAAACCUCGAGAGACAGAAACUUGCAUUCGUUACGUAGAUGUCAACAGAGCAUUGUCAGAAGCUAAAAGAAGAACAAAUUAUAGACAUCCGGUUUCAGUCGAUCAAACGUUGGAACCGAAACCCGUUGACAUUGCAGAAACAUCAGAAUUAGUUUUGGAAGUAACUAGAAUACUAGCGGAUCAAUUUCGAUUAUCCAACGAAGAAAUAAUCAGAGGACUACCGCUCAUUGACACUAGCAAAACCGACAUUUGGUCGAUCUGUCCAGCAUUUGUCAAGCCGAUCCCGUGCACCAUUGAUAAAUAUCGAACAUACACGGCCCAUUGUAAUAAUAUUCAUCAAUCUAAUUGGGGUGCAACACACACAGCUUUUGUUAGAUUCCUACCCCCAGCUUUUGAAGACGGAAUUUCUACCAGUCGUAUUUCGGUAACUGGUAAACCUUUGCCUUCUCCCCGAUUGAUAAGUUCGAUAGUUCAUCGCGAUUACAAUGAACCGAGUGAAAAAUUUACCGUAUUGUUCAUGUCUUUUGGUCAAUUCAUCGAUCACGAUCUUACUUUUGCUACAUUGCCCGAAGGUAAUAAUGGCCAACGAAUUCAAUGCUGCGGUAAAAAUAACAAAGAAAAACAUCCACUUUGCAUGGAGAUCGAAGUUCCAAAAGACGAUCCGUUUUAUUCACGAUUUAAUAGAAACUGUUUGGAAUUUAAAAGAAAUUUAGCAACGCAACGACCCGACUGUACAUUAGGACCUCGCUCGGUGCAAAAUAUGCUCACUGGUCCCAUAGAUGCAAAUUUUAUGUAUGGCUCUACGGAAGAACUAGCUAGACAGCUACGUACCGGAUAUAGAGGCUUAAUGAAAACGUGGGAUAUGUUUAAAAUAGAAGGAUUGAAACCUCUGCUUCCUCCAUUGACCUUAACUCCAGAAAGAGAAUGCAUUGCCAGACCAAGAGACAUAUUCUGCUUUAAUGCUGGUGAUAGCCGAGCUAACGAACAAAUACAUCUGGCUAUUUUACAUACUUUAUACGUUAGAGAACAUAACAGGAUUGCCGAAAUAUUAGGAGAUAUAAAUUACCAUUGGGACGACGAGAAAAUAUAUCAAGAAACUCGUCGAAUUUUAGCAGCAGUCAUUCAACACAUCACCUAUAACGAAUACAUUCCUUUAUUAUUAAACGACGAUUAUCUAGAACGUUAUAAUUUAACAUUAAAAGACGAAGGUUACUGGUACGGAUUUAAUCCUGAUGUCCAUUUAGGAUUGUCCAAUUCCUUUCAGACUGCCGUAUUUCGUUUUGGACACUCUCAGAUUCAAGGAACUGUUACAAGAUAUAAUAAAUAUCACGAAUACGUUGACGAAUUCGAAUUGAGGAAAGUACUUCGCCAACCGUUUAUUCUUUAUAAACCCGGAAUGAUGGACGAGCUGACUGUCGGAAUGAUAAACACACCUUCUCAGAGACUUGAUCCUUUUGUUUCUCAAGAGGUAACAAAUCAUAUGUUUGAAAGACCGGAUGAAAAAUUUGGUAUAGAUUUGGCAUCUAUUAAUAUUCAGAGAUCUAGAGAUCACGGAGUACCUGGAUAUAAUAAUUUCAGAGAAUAUUGUGGUUUUCCAAGAGCUCGAACAUUCGAAGAUCUGGAGCCAUAUUUGAGUAAUCGUACAGCUCUUAAAUUUUCUGAAAUAUAUAGUCACCCUGACGAUAUCGACUUAUGGAGUGCUGGAAUAUCAGAAUAUCCACUUCCCGGAAGUGUCUUGGGACCAACGUUUUCUUGUCUUUUAGCUAAACAGUUCAGUUAUUUACGACAUGGCGACAGAUUUUGGUACGAAAAUGAUGGAUUUCCAUCUUCGUUUACUCCAGAACAACUUCAAGAAAUAAGGAAAAGUACUCAAGCCAAAAUAAUAUGCGAUAAUUCUGAUGAUUUGCCAACUAUACAGAAGUGGGCUAUGAAAUUACCUCAUCGUAGAUAUAAUCCGAGAAUUCCUUGCGAAGAACUUCCUUCGAUAAAUCUUCGGUAUUGGAAGGAAGACGAUACUAACUUAUUUAGAUCUAAAGAAAAACCUGUAUAUAAGGAAGAUGAAAUUGUUGAUUCAGAUAUGGAAGAUGAACCUGAUGCAUAUCUUCAAAGAGUUAAGGAUGAAGGAAGACAAAGAGAAGGAGCAGAAGGCUCAUCAGAAGAUGAAUCUGAUGAGUCAUUUAAUCCAGAAGGCAGUGGAAGUGAAGUUGCUGAAGAAUAUUUGCUAUUGACGACGGUAAUAUUAACAUUAGGUGAACCCGUUCAUUUUCCAUCUCCUUUAAAUCCAGAUUACUCAUCAGAUUGUGCAUUAAUAAUCAAUUCUGGGAAGUAUCGUCCUAGUCCCGAGCCUCCAGCUUUACAAUAUUUUGUAAAUUUUUUACCCAGUUUGAAAAGGAUAUCUAGAGGAAGUUACAGAGAAAUCUGUAUUACGUAUGAAGAUAUUAAUAUUGCUGUUGAAAAAGCAAAAAACACCAUAGGUGAUGUAUCAAGAGAGAUAUUCGAGUUAUCAUCAGUUUUACCAGAACCAGAACAUAUUGCAGUAUCUGCAGAAAUUGUUCUGGAAGCAACUAAACUCCUAGCUCACAGGUUUGGAUUAUCUUACGAUGUUAUCGUUCACGGAUUACCUAGAAUAGAUACGAGUAAAACAGCCAUCAAGGAUGUAUGUCCAACGUUCCUUCGGCCCGUCAAAUGCGAAUUGAGUAGAUAUCGUACGUUAUCUGGAAUGUGUAACAACCUACACAAUCCUUCUUGGGGAAGUGCUCGAUCCGUAUUUAUUCGUUAUUUACCUCCAGAAUAUGGUGACGGCAUAGCAUCGCCCAGGAAAUCUAGAGACGGAUCACUGUUGCCAAAUGCUCGACGUCUGAGUUUCGUCAUGCAUCACGACGUAAGCGAAAAGGACCCUCACUUCAACAUUCUUCUAGUAUUUUGGGGCCAAAUGCUGGACCACGACAUGACUUUAGCCGCGCCUACGCUAGAUCAUGAUCGAAACGACAUAGAAUGCUGCAAAUAUCCGCCAGAUCAUCAGCAUCCAAACUGCAUGAACAUAGAAAUUCCUCGAAACGAUCCAUUUUUUAAAUUUUAUCGUAGAAGAUGUUUAGAUUUUGCUCGUAUCUUACCAGGCCAUAAACCAGGAUGCCGCUUGGGCCCGAGAUUUCAGAUUAAUACCAUAUCAGCUUACAUUGAUGCCAGUUUUGUUUAUGGAAACAACCAAGAUAUUGCAAGUAGACUGAGAUUAUUCAGAGGAGGAAAAUUAAAGUCGACUAGUAUGUAUGGAGAUUUGGGUCUAAAAGAUCUAUUACCCAUGAAAACAAUCGAAGCUGAUGUGGGCUGCAUGGCAAGACCCAGAAAUGUUUACUGCUUUGACGCUGGUGACGAACGGGUAAACGAACAACUCACUCUGACCACCAUGCACACUUUAUGGAUGAGAGAACAUAAUCGUCUAGCAGAAGCAUUAGCCGAAAUCAAUCCUCAUUGGGAUGAUGAAACUCUCUAUCAAGAAGCUAGACACAUUGUAGCUGCAUUGAUUCAACAUAUUACCUUCAAUGAAUUUCUUCCGAAGAUUCUUGGUAAUCACAUGAUGAACAAGUACGAAUUGAAAUUGCAACGCCAUGGAUUUUAUAACGGUUAUAGCCAAAAAAUUAAUGCUGGUAUCAGGGCAGGAUUUCAAGCGGCGGCAUUCAGAUUUGGUCAUAGUUUAUUGCCGGAUGUUAUUGAACGUUAUAGUAAAUUCCACGAAAAAUUAGAAACUUUAAGGAUAUCUACUUUGCUUCGACAGCCGUAUAAUCUGUACAAACCAGGAAUUGUUGAUAGUUUAUUCAAUGCUCUUCUGAAUCAGGCUGCUAAUCGAAUGGAUCCAGAAGUAACAACAGAGGUGACAAAUCAUUUGUUCGAAAAACCAGGAGAUGGAUACGGAAUGGAUUUAGCAGCUAUUAAUAUUCAAAGAGGAAGAGAAACUGGAAUACCUGGUUUCGCUCGUUAUCGAGAAUACUGUGGAAUGCGAAAAAUUCGAGAUUUUCAUGAUCUUGUUGGAAUAUUACCGAAUAAAACUAUUCAUAAAUAUAUGAGGAUGUAUAAGCACGUAGACGAUAUCGAUUUAUGGAGUGCAGGAAUAUCCGAGAAAGGCUUACCGGGUGCAUUACUUGGACCAACCUUCGCUUGCCUCAUUUCUGAGCAAUUUGCAAAUCUUAGGCGAGGAGAUAGAUUUUGGUAUGAAAAUUCUGGAUGGCCUUCAUCUUUUACAUUAGAACAACUGGAUGAAAUCAGGAAAAUUAAACUAAAUCGUUUAAUAUGUGACAAUUCGGACGACAUCACGACAAUCCAACUAGAUGCCAUGUUAUUGCCUAAUGUCGAAUCAAAUCCAAUAGUGGAUUGCAGUACCUUUCCACGAAUUGAUCUUACAAAAUGGAGAGAAAACACUUACGUAAAGUAAAUGAGAACGUCCCUAAUCUCACCAUAAUGUAUAUAUUUUUAUCCCUAUUUAAACUUAAAAAGUACAAGAUCCCCAACCAAUUGUAUACAAAUCCUAGAAAUUGUUUUUAUUUAACAGGGACCAUGUUUAAGGUCUAAUCUUUGUGGAUAACUGUUGCCAUGUUCUUUGUACAAUAAUGAUUUUUACUAAGUAAAUUGUUUUAAU